GCGAUAGCGAUUCCGAGGCGAUCGUCGGAUCGACCUUUAUCGGGUUUUAUUCCCAAUACGGUUGAACAGCAACGACAAGCGAAACGUAUCGAUGACGUCACUGUUCUGAUGUAUGUACGAUACUAUAUUGCACAGCCUAUGCCUGACGAGCUUGAACCGUUCUACAGCAUAUGUUUUGGGUGUUGGUUGACUCAGCCUAGUUCCUGUAGCCACCUUCGUGUUGUGUGUGAAACGGCAUCAUGAUGCAAGAGAAGAAGAAGGCGAGUAUAGCCGUGAUCGGCGCUGGGCCGUCUGGACUCAUAGCCUCACGGAUUCUGAGCAACCUUCCCGGAUUCGAACAUGAGGUGUUUGAACGUUGCAGCAGCGUAGGAGGACAGUGGGUAUACACCGAUAGGACUGGUAUUGGUGAGGACGGAUAUCCGGUUCACUCGGCCGCCUAUGCAAAUCUGCUGUCGAACGGAACCAGGCGACUAAUGGAAUUCCCGGAUUUCAAGUUCCCAGAUGGCACUCCGACAUUCCCAAGCCGUGCUCAGAUACACAAGUACCUUGAGUCGUACGCUGACCAUUACCACCUACGUGAUCGCAUACAUCUGAAGCACAUCGUGACAUCUGUCAAACGCAUCGACGGUGGCGACGCCCAUCGGCCGAGGUGGUUACUAACGAUCAAGAAUACAACAACGGGAGCCGAGCGCACGGGGGAGUUUGACGCCGUGUUCGUGUGCACGGGGCAUUACUCCACGCCGUACAUCCCGACUAUAGCGAGCAUAGAAAAUUUCCGCGGAGUUGUCCUUCAUAGUCACGACUACCGCCACCCGGAGCCGUAUGCUGGUAAAAGCGUCACAAUACUGGGAGGCGGGCCCAGUGCUUUCGAUCUAGCUCUCGAUCUCGGUCGACACGCAUCAAACGUGAUCGUAAGCGUUGGUCAGGCAGACAGGUUGAAACUACAAGAACAAUACGCUGCGGGCAAACUGCCUCCAAACAUCAUCGUCGUAAAGUGGCCAGAAGUCAUCGGGGAAAACGCAAUCCGAUUUGCCGACAGAGAUUCAGCCGAUGACGUCGACGCUAUCAUCUACUGCACGGGCUACCGCCACAGCUACCCGUUUCUGGACGAGUCGUGUGGCAUAACCAUCAAAGGCGGGAAACGCGUGCGCCCUCUAUUCAAGCACAUGAUAAACACAAAGUACCAGACGAUGAUGUUCAUUAAUGCCAUGGUCAACGUUUUCGACUUCACUUUGGCUUAUGCGCAGGUUCCUUUCGCAGUGAAGAUACUCGACGGUUCCCUGCAGCUUCCCAGCGAGGAGGCGAUGAAUGCCGACACGGAAGACGAGUAUGAGCGCCGUCUGGCGGCCGGCAAGACUCUGUACCAUGCGCACAGGUGGGACGAUGCCACCACGUUCAGUUCUGAACACUACUACACAGAUUUAAUAGCGUACGCGGGAUUGGAUCACAUGUUGGUGGGCGAAAGCCAGGUUAAGAUACUCGAAGCAAGAGUGGUGGACAACAUCUACACUUACAGAGACGAGGUCAACAUUUGAAUAUAUAUAUAUACAGGCCCGUAGCCAGCUUUAUAUUGGGUGGGGGUUCGUUUUUAAA